GUCCGUGGGUGGUGCCGCCUUGGGUGGUGCCGUUCGUGCCUCACUGGGUGGGGGCCUGUCGAUUCGCAGAAGUAUAUAUUGCACCGGCGCUGUGGGAUCGCUGCCUUAAUUAAAGAUGCCGACCGUGGGUGUGAAACGUGACCUUCUGUUCCAAGCACUGGGAAGAUCAUACACUGAGGAGGAAUUCAAUGACUUGUGCUUUGAAUUUGGACUGGAGCUUGAUGAAGUGACGACAGAGAAGCAGAUGAUCUCCAAGGAGCAGGGUGGCGACAGGUCGUCCGGCGCCUCCGAGGACGUCAUAUUCAAGGUUGACAUCCCGGCCAACCGGUACGACCUGCUCUGCCUGGAGGGCUUGACUCGAGGCCUGCUGGUCUUCCAGGGAAAGCUAGCCAUCCCCCGGUACCGGGCCGUUCAGCCUCGCAGCGGCACCAUGCAGCGGCUCAUCAUCAAACCAGACACGGGCAAGAUCCGACCGCACGCGGUGGCCGCUGUUCUCCGGGGCGUCACCUUCACCCAGGCCAUCUACGACAGCUUCAUAGACCUGCAGGACAAGCUGCACCAGAACCUGUGCAGGAAGCGCAGCCUAGUGGCGAUCGGCACGCACGACCUGGACACGGUGCGCGGCCCGUUCACGUACGACGCGCUACCGCCAGGCCAGAUUCGCUUCCAGCCGCUGGGACAGACGCGGUCGUACUCGGCGCCCGAGCUCAUGGAGCUGUACUCGGGUGACAGUCACCUGAAGCAGUACCUGGCCAUCGUCCGUGACUCACCCGUGUACCCCGUGAUCACGGACGCUGACGGCGUGGUGCUGAGCAUGCCGCCCAUCAUCAACGGACAUCACUCGAGGAUCACGCUUCAGACGCGGAACGUGUUCAUCGAGUGCACGGCCACCGAUCUGACCAAGGCCAAAGUGGUGCUGGACACGCUGGUGUGCAUGUUCAGCCAAUACUGCAAGGAGGCCUAUACGGUGGAGUCUGCGCAGGUGGAAUACCCCACUGGAGAGAAGCACAGCUAUCCCACGCUGUCGUACCGGAAGGAGACGAUAGAUGUCAGCACCGUCAAUAGGAACGUGGGAAUAACCCAGUCGUCUGAGCAGCUGGCGACGCUGCUGACCAAGAUGUGCCUGUCGUGCACGGCCGACGGCGACCGGCUGACGGUGGAGGUGCCGCCCACCCGGCACGACAUCCUGCACGCCUGUGACGUCAUCGAGGACGUGGCCAUCGCCUACGGCUACAACAACAUCCAGAAGGUCAUCCCGCAGAUCGGCGUCAUCGCCGUCCAGGACCCGCUGAACAAGCUGUCGGACCAGAUUCGUCAGCAGGUGGCUGAGGCAGGCUUCACCGAGGCUCUCACCUUCUCGCUGUGUUCCAAAGAGGACAUCGGGGCCAAGAUGGGCCUGGACGUGUCACAGCUGCCUGCUGUACACGUCUCCAACCCCAAGACGCUAGAAUUCCAGGUGGCACGCACCACGCUGGUGCCGGGUCUGCUCAGGACCCUGGCUGCCAACCGUCGGAUGCCACUGCCGCUGCGGCUUUUCGAGGUCUCUGACGUGGUGCUCAAGGAUCGGACAUCGGACACGGGCGCGAGGAACGAGCGACGUCUGUCGGCCGUCCACUACUGCAAGACAUCCGGCUUCGAGGUGAUCCACGGCCUUCUGGACCGCGUGAUGCAGCUGCUGGAGGUGCCGUCCGACCCGGUCUCGGGCUACUGCUUGCGCCCUGCCGACGAUCCGUCCUACUUUCCGGGCCGCUGCGCUGACGUCAUGGCGUUCGGCGAGCCCAUUGGUCGGCUGGGCGUGCUGCACCCUGACGUCAUCACGCGUUUCGAGCUGAACAUGCCGUGCUCGGCGGUCGAGAUCACGCUCGAGCCGUUCCUGUGACAACCGCCGUUCCCACGAAUACACUGUGCGGGCGCAUGGCG